AUGUUGGAGGAAUACGUUUCCCUGGCGGAGCUUCUUCAACCGAAGGCCAACAUUGACAAAAUACACAACGGCGAGCCUUUGACUGAUUCGGAUUGCGAACACUGGCUUGAAGCCAUCUCGGAGCAUGUCUCGGACUACGAAAAGGACCAGGUUCACCAGCGCCAUCUCAUCAUCAUAUGCUCAGCAUUGAAGCGGAGUUAUCGCGAACUGCUAAGGCAAAGCUGCCACAACGCUGGCUAUUCAGUCGUGCACUUUGUAUACCUCGACGCACCAGAGUCCGAGCUGCGGCGUCGAGCAGAGGCUAAACAUGAUGAUUUUCCCGAGUCAAAUCUAAUGCACAGCCAGUUUCAAAAACUUGAGCGACCUGGGAUUGAUGAAUCUGACGCCACGAUUAUUAGUGUAGUUCCUCCCCUAGAAGAUGUCCAAACUGCAGUGCUGGAGGCUGUGUCAAAGACUUUUAUCGACAAGGGUGUGCACAAAUAA